CCCAAUUAGAAAAUUUUGAAACAAAGAGUUAAAAAAUUUAAUUCUAGUGGAUUAAGCAGUUUAAUCAAGCAAAAAACAGUUUAAUCAUAAACAUUAGUCAAUAAGAAAUAAUAUAAAAGUGAAGUUAAUGGUUAAAAGAAUCAAUUAAACGUCUUUUUAAGAGUAUUAAAAAAAGUCGCAAAGAAAAGCAAUGAAUCGUGAUCGAAAUAACUAUAAUAAUAAUGGAGAUGAUGAUUAUUAUCGGAAAAGAGACCGAAAUUAUCGGGACGAUGGAUAUUACAGUUCCAGUUCAAGACGUCGACGAACUCGUUCACGGUCGCGUGAUAAUAAUUAUGUCAAUGAGAUGAAUGAAGAGGAUUCAUGGUCAAACCGGGAUAAACAUUAUAAUGAUCGACGCAAAGACCGAAAUAAUCGUGAUAGAAGGGAUUAUACCGAUAGACGAGAGAACAAUCAUCAUCAGCAGCAACGACAGAGACAUUAUGAGAGUGAAGAAAGUGACGGAGGAAGCAAUUAUGGCAACGAACAACCCAAUAAUAAAGUAAUUGUACGUGGAUUGCCAGCACACAUAACGGAAGCAGACAUUCAGUGUGACCUGAUUCAAUCCGGAUUAAAGCCAGUGUCGAUUCGAUUGAUAAGGAAGAAAUCUACAGGCGUAUCUAGAGGAUUUUGUUUCGUACAAUUUUCUUCAGUCGAUGAAGCUAGAACUUGGAUUGAGAAAAAACAGGGUGUCUUAUUGUUGCAAGAUCAACACCGUGCUAUUAUUCAAUAUAGUUUCAUGAAAGAAAAUGAUGGACAAUAUGAUAAAAUUCAAACAGAUUGGUAUUGUGGAAAAUGUGGCGUUUUCAAUUUCAAGAGACGAGAAAAUUGCUUCAAAUGCAAUGCGUCGAGACAAGAGAGUGGAUCAGAAGGUUUCGAUGAAAUCAGCACUGUUCUGACUAAAAAAAUAAUGCUGCGAAAUCUAGACGCACUAUCGACUGAAGAAACAGUGUUGAUUGCUCUUCAAGACAAACUUCCUGAUAAUGUUUCGAAAAUAUCAAAAAUUUUAAUUUGCCGUGAUCCACUGACUCAAGUUUCGAGAGGAGUUUGCUAUUUAAACUUUGAUAAUUUGGUCGAUUCUAUGAAUACAUUUCAAGCAAUUGAGAAGCUUUCAUCAUUGAAUAUUGAUGGACGUGAUGUUUCUUAUUCGUACUGUAUGGACGGCGAAACUCCUCGAGUAGCUCCAAAACCGUCACAAAACAAUGGAAAUCGACGUGAUAAUAAUAAUCCUCCUCCAAUCGAUACAAAUUACUCACAGCCACCAACUUAUCAGUAUACAUUAGCAGAUGUCCCGCAAUUGGCAGAACAAGCAGCUACAAUGUAUGCCCAAAAUCCAGCAGAAAAAGAAAGCUACAUGAAAUAUUAUACGGAAUAUUAUACUAAUCAAAUCAAUGCGGGAACUUUGUCGGCUAGUAUGCCAUAUGAAGCACAUUCUGGAGCAUCAAUAGCACAAUCAGCAAUUGAAAGGAAACAGAAAAUGAAAAUUGAAACUCCUUCAACGUCGUCAGCAGCGCCAUAUCCAGCACAGCAAGUUGAGACACCGAAAGGAAAUGAUGGCAAAAAAUAUCCAAUUCCUGAUGUAAGUCAAUAUUUUUAUGAUGACUCAAGUGGAUACUAUUAUGAUCAAUCAACGGGUUUAUACUACGAUGCAUCAUCUCAGUACUAUUACAAUUCGGAAAUUGGACAGUAUCUUUAUUGGGAUGCUUCGAAUUUAACUUAUGUGUUGGCUUCUCCAAACAGUACUGGUCCCACCGCCAACACACCAAGCACAUCUAAUGGUGCUAAACAGGAUAUUCCACCACCGCCAAAGGAAGAAGAAAAAGACAAGAAACAAAAAGAUCAACCACAAGAUAAAGUCAAAGUGGCUAAAAAGAUCGUCAAAGACAUGGAAAAAUGGGCGAAGCAGUUGAAUCAGAAGAAAGACUAUACACCCAUUCAAGUACAGCAAGUAACAAGGAAUGAAAAUUCCCUAUCACCACCACCAUCAAUGACAAUGUCAAUGUUUAAAGCUGAAGCUGCUAUGGAUAUUGGAUUUUCAAUGCUAGAAAAAAAAGACAGACCAAUUACAACACUUACUAUUCCAACAAUAACACCAACAGUCUCAAAAGUGGUUAUUCCGUAUCAUUCAGAUUCUGAUGAAGAUCAAGCUGCACAUAAAUCGUCAGCAGCUGCCAGUACAUUUAAUGAAAAUGAUCUUGUAGACUUUGAAAAAUUAACUUGCUUGCUAUGUAAGCGUGCAUUUCCAUCACUUGAUGUACUUACUAAACACAUAAAAAUUUCAAACUUGCAUAAAGAAAAUAUUCAAAAGUACAAACUACAAAAUGGUAUGUUGGACAUAGCAGGAGGAAGUAACAGUGCAAGCAUUUCAGCUCAAAACUAUCGAGAUAGAGCAAAAGAGAGGCGUAUGAAAUACGGAGAAGCAGAUCCACUGCCACCAGUAAAUAGAGCUAAGGAGAGGUUCCAACGUGAAAUGGAAAAGAAAGCCUCAAUUACACAGUCGUAUCAAGCACAAGUUAUUGCGAGUAAGCCAAUCGAUGACAGUAAUAUUGGUAAUAAGCUAUUAAAAGCAAUGGGCUGGAAAGAGGGAUCUGGUUUAGGGAAGUCAUUGCAAGGAAGGACUGAGAUAAUUGAGGCAGAACAGAGGAAUACAACAGCAGGACUUGGUAGUAAAAAUGCUAGCUAUGGUGCCGGUCCUCAAGAUGAUUACAAAUCAUAUAUUAAAAAGAUGAUGAAAAAGCGAUACGAGGAAGUAAAUUAAAGUUUUUUUUUUAUUUAAAUUGUACGAUUUUUACUCAAUUAAUAAAAUGUAGCAUAAAGUAAUAGUGAAUAAAAUUAUGAAGUUUUUAUCAAAUUCAAUCAAUUUUAAUUCUUU